CCACACAUUUUUUAUGACCCAACUACUCUUUCUACCCACAUCCAUUCAUCUCGCAUUUCUCUCUGAAUUUUCGAAAAGGAUAGCGCUGAGCGGACUCAUUUUGUUUCAAUUUUUUUCAGAGAGCAGUUGAGCAAUUGAACGAUGGUUUUCGCCUCUUUCUACCAAUAGAAAGAGAACAGAAAUGGAUGUUGAGAACGCAACACAGUCGUCCUCAAUCAUGGAGGCGAAGAGCGUUCACCCACUGCACCAAAUCUCCGAGCUCCCAACCCACGAUCUCCUCCUCAAGCGAUGGCUCAAGGAAGAAGAUCUAAACUUCAACAGGAUCGUCGCAAAGGAGACUCAAAUCGACUCCUUCAGAAAGGAGAUCAAGCAGCUCUGCUGUCUCUUCUUCCUCUUCCAAUCCCUCUGCCUAACGAUCUUCUUCAGCUCCGUCGCCCGAUCCUGGUCGAAGGGAGCCGGAAUCUACUGCCGCAGAUCGUGGAUCCCGUCUCUCUGCUCCCUGGGAAUGAUCUGGGCAAUACGGUACAAGGCCGACACCGAGGCCCAUCUGGAGAAGCUUCUGGAGCGAGAGAAAGAGGACGGGAAGCUGAUACGGAAGUGCGUGGAGGAGCUGAAGAAGAAGGGUAAGGAAUUCGAUUUGGUGAAGGAGGUGGAGGCGCUGAUGAGAAGAAGUGUGAAAGUGGAAGGUAAGGCGGUCGUGAGGAAAUGGUCUGGCACAGAUUUGAUUACUCUGUUCUUCUUCAUAAUUUCCUGUGUUGUUCUUUCCCUUACGAACCUCAUUUUGUGUGGGUGAUGAGGGAUAAAACCACAAAAAUACACGAGUAUUGAGGCAAAUUUAGUGGGAUCAGUACAAACGAAAAAAUGAGAACAAAAAAAUGAGACAAUUGUAGUGAGACGAAGGGAGUAAUUUACAUUAUAAUAAGUUGUGUUUUCUUUACAAUUUUUC